CGGUGCUUCCCUUUGAAUGCAAGCAGAGACUUUCAAGCGAAAAGUCUAAUCCAGAGAGAGCCAAGUGAUCCGCCAUGACUGCUCGCAAGAGAACUUCUUCACUGACUAAUCAGCCUCCGCCGCCGAAGCCCACCAUUGCUCCCGCAGAAGAUUUCCGUCUCGCACCGCCGAAACUAGGCGUGAUCUUCGUGAUCUCUGCCCUUCUCUGUUCGCUCUACCUCUACCUUCUCUGUUUCCACUACAAUGUCGAUAGUGAGCUCAAGCGUCCGAUCUUGAUCAACGCGGGGCUUAGCUUGGUGGGGUUCUUCGUUACACUCAAGUUGAUUCCAGUGGCUGCUAGAUAUGUUCUGAGGCGUAACAUGUUUGGUUUUGAUAUUAAUAAACGUGGCACGCCUCAGGGAGAUGUUAAAGUGCCUGAGUCACUGGGAAUAGUUGUGGGCAUUGUCUUCUUGAUUGUGGCGAUAAUAUUUCAGUUCUUUAACUUCACUGAAGAUUCGUUGUGGCUUGUGGAGUACAAUGCAGCACUGGCAUCUAUUUGCUUCAUGAUCUUGCUUGGAUUUGUAGAUGACGUCCUUGAUGUGCCUUGGAGAGUGAAACUUCUCUUACCAUCUUUUGCAACUCUUCCACUGCUAAUGGCUUAUGCUGGACAUACAACUAUUGUUAUACCAAAACCUCUUGUUUCCUAUGUUGGCUUGGAGAUACUUGAUCUAGGACGGAUCUAUAAGCUGUAUAUGGCGCUACUGGCUGUCUUUUGCACGAAUUCUAUAAACAUCCACGCUGGUCUGAAUGGCCUUGAGAUCGGUCAAACCGUAGUUAUUGCAGCUGCUAUCUUGAUACACAACGUUAUGCAAAUCGGAGCAUCUGUGGAUUCUGAGCUUCGCCAAGCUCAUGCGUUCUCUAUAUAUCUUACUCAGCCAUUGAUGGCAACAUCCUUGGCAAUGCUUGCGUACAAUUGGUAUCCUUCUGCAGUUUUUGUUGGAGACACUUACACAGUCUUUGCAGGAAUGACUAUGGCCGUUGCUGGCAUUCUGGGUCACUUCAGUGAAACCCUCCUAAUCUUUUUUAUUCCUCAAGUGUUGAACUUUCUAUUGUCGCUUCCGCAGCUUGCUGGCAUUGUGAAAUGUCCACGGCAUCGUCUCCCAAAGUUUGAUCCUGCAACGGGAUUAUUAACGGGAACAAAAGAUGGGACGCUGGUUAACGUUUACCUGAGGAUUUUUGGGAGGAAAUCAGAAAAGUCUCUUUGUGUUCAUCUUCUUGUUUUCCAAGCACUAGCUUGCGCCUUCUGUUUCCUGCUUAGGCAUUUUCUUGCUGGUUGGUACAAAUAAAAUCUUUGCAACAUGAGAGAAUCUUUUCUUUAAACGGUUCCUCGUUUAAUCAUCUCUCCGCCUUCACAAAUCACACAGACAGAAGUCAGUUUUUGUUUUCGUAUCCAUUAGUAUCAUUGUUUUAGCUCACUUACAAAGAUAGUUUCAAUCCUUAAGCGAGAUCAAUACGAGUGAAUCUCAACAAUAUCAAUAUAUUCGUAUUGUUUAUCAUUUUCUUGCAUCUAAUUUAUAGAGAGAAUGAACCGGCGAUAAAACGGUCAUAUGUGCAGGACCGGAUCAGGGUGAAAGCCUAGCCUUGGUCCCUAAAAAUUUUCUAAGUUUAUCAUAUGAACAUAGAUUCCCAAACUAUAAUUUUUUUUCAUGUGUAAUUAUUUAACUGAAAUAGCUUUGUAAAUGUGAGUCAAUGUAAAUGUGUGUGGA